UCUUUCUUUCUUUCUUUCUUUCUUUCUUUCUUAAUUUAUCUUUUUCUUUCUUUCUUUCUUUCUAUCAUCUUGAAGGAUGGUGUUGUGACGUGCACCACACAAACUUAAUGUGGGGUAGUAUUCUGAAUAACCUGAGACAAUGCCAGUUCUUUAUUUCUAUCAUAUUAUCUAUGAUAAUAACAGAUUAUAUCUAUCAAAAUAACAGAUGAGCAAUUAAAGAGAAACAUCUCCUAAUUACAUUUAAUAGGCUGGAAUGACAGAAUCUUGAAGAGAUGCAUAUAAUCUGGCUACCUAAUAUGAAUGAUCUGAGUAAGUGAUGCUUUCUGUCGUUUUCGUAUUUCAUAUUAAUAUUGUCAAUUAAAGCUAGGGGACAGACUGUGAAGUGUGCAAAAUGUAGAGUACUUGAGCAAUCCCACAGUGAUUUCACCCAGAGUGACUGGAACAGGCGACUGUUAGCUCCUCUUGAAAGAAGAAAAGGUUUCUCUUCACAUCACAAUGAGCAGUCGAGUGGAUGAUGUUAUGCAGCUUUGCUGUGAGGUCUCAGCCAGCAGGAAGAUGAAAGCAGCUGUGAAGAGCUCUGGAAAGGGAGCUGCAGCGGCUGGCGGAGGUGCUUUUGUUGGGGGAAUGGUUGGAGGCGCAGCCGGCAUAGCUGUUGGUGGUACUUUGGGAGGUCUUCUGGGAACUUGGAUGACCAGUGGCCAAUUCAGGCCUCUUCCAGAGAUCAUCAAGGAGCUGCCUUCAACCUAUAAGGAGAAACUGUACUCAGAUGUCAUGGGUGCACUGGGCACACUAGACUGGACAGACGUGGCUGGCCUCAUUGCUCUGGUCAUGGGCAGUGCUACUCUGCAAGAGCAAGUGCUUGCUGCUAUACUCACUUACGCCACAAAAGAUCUCAAGGCUGAAGUGCAGUUUGGAAACUGACCCCUAUGGGUUGAUGUCACCGACCAGUGGUUCUCAAUCCUGCAUCCCGUUGCUUUUACAUUUACAUUUAUGCAUUUAUGAGACAUUUUUAUCAAAAGCGACUUACAGUGCAUUCAGGUAUACAGGUUUUUUUUUUUUGUUUUUUUUUUUUUUUUAACUAGUAUGUGUGUUCUGGGAAUUGAACCCACAACCUUUUGCACUGCUAAUGCAAUGUUUUUGUACUUGUGUUUCUGUUUCUCUGCAGCUCCUGUGUAGACUCAUCAUCAUCUUCUUAUUAUUAUUAAGCAAAAACAUUGUAACCUUAUUAAGACAUUCUGCUAUUUCUGUGCUUAAUACAGGUUAUUCUAAUAAAACAGGUUAAUUUGUU